AUCUAGGGCAAAGUAUGUGAACUUUCGCACUGUGCACAGGUAGGGGGAUAAAAGGGACGAGUUUAGUCCAACUGUUGCAGUUGACGGCACGUGACAGUAGUGUAUCAGAGAGACAAGUGCAUGUCAUUGUUGUUUUAAAAACAGCUAGUGGUUCAAAGAGGAUAAACAAUCUUCAGUAGAAGUAGAGUAGUGAAGUAGAGCUGACGUUUACAGGUGAUGGAGACCAUUAUAGUUACUUCUUUCUUUCUUUAUUUUUAAUAUGCAUUCUCUCAUAUUUUUUUAAUAAAUUUAUAUGAUGGCACAUUUAUUAUGUUUUUUUUUUUUUUUUUUUUUUUUUUUAAAAGGGGCUCUUUUAGGCCAAUGUUCUUUAAAUUUUUUUUUUUUUUUUUUUUUUUUUAUUGUGUUUAAAAGAGGCUCAUUUAGGCCAAUGUGCAUUAAAUCAAUUGGUGCUUGAACUUACAGUGAAUGGAAACGCUGAAACGCUGGGGGCGAGCUAGUGGCUUGGUUGUUGGACAAAUAUUUCUCAGGCCUGCGCGUAGCAGUAGUGCUAUGUUUACCAGAGAUGGGAAUCGAACCUUCUUUAAGAAGUUUAUUAAGAUUGAUAUAUAUAAAGUUCAAUUGGGUCGUCAGCAUGGUUCUAUUCGGUAACAACUCAACCUUUCGUUGGGUUUGCAAUGUUUUGGCAGCAUGAAAUUACACCGGGGAUUACACCCCCCCCCCCACACACAUUUCCUAUGCCACGGGUUGUGGGAUCAUCAUACUAUUCAUACUACUGUGGUGUUUUGUCCCGUCUCAACCCAUGCAUAAAUAGGCCUACAGGUUUAUAAUUUUCGUUUUAGAACGAGUUUCUGGCACUGGAUAAAACAGAGUAGGCCACAUGGUGUUGUUUAAUGUGUCGCACAUUCAUACAAAAUCAAGCCUGUGUGAGAAAUGAUGUUGGUGCGGGGGGGGGGGGGAUUGGGGUGGGGGGGGGGGGGGCAAAGUUUUUGUGGGGGGGGCACAUUGACAAAUGUAUUGGGGUGCCGCACGUAGGCCUAUAAUAUGUUCAAUUUUUACAUGUCGAUAAACAUUUCUCUAUAUUAAAAUUGUUAAAUUCGCAUUUUAGCAUUGCAUGAAAAAUGACUGUUUAAAAAAAUUGGAAAGAAAUUUGAUAAAAAAUGUUCAAACAAUCAUAACAGUACGUGAAAUUCUUUAAAAUUCAACCAAAUAACUUAAAACAAAGUAGUUUUUACAAUUUCUAAAUGCCUUCAAUGGCCUCAAAAUAUCAGUUGCCGGGCCAUAGUUUGCCCACCGCUGGGGUAGGGCGUGUUUUAAAAAAAAUAAGAUUAUUUUGCUUUAGAAAAAUCGCGAAACGAUCAGAAUUUCUGUGUUCUGACGUAAGUAGUGAUGUGCCACAUUACGUAAUUAGUGAUGUGCCGCAUUACGUAAGUAGUGAUGUGCCACAUUAUGUAAUUAGUGAUGUGCUGCAUUACGUAAGUAGUGAUGUGCCACAUUAUGUAAGUAGUGAUGUGCCACAUAACUAAUUAGUGUUGUGCCACAUUAUGUAAGUAGUGGUGUGCCACAUGACGUAAGUGGUGAUGUGCCACAUGACGUAAGUAGUGAUGUGCCACAUGACGUAAGUAGUGAUGUGCCACAUGACGUAGGUAGUGAUGUGCCCCAUUCUUGAAACAGUGUCGAUGUGUUGUUGUUGAAUAACUGAAGGGAAUGCAGACAAAAUAUGAAAUUGGUCACAUUUUAAUGGGGGGGGGGUAGAGUUUUUGAACUUGAUUAUCUCGGAAUAUGUAAUUAUUUUUAUUUUUUUACUUUAAGUACUUUUAGCACUAACAUAUUCGAACUUUCUACUCGGGAGGGGGGGGAUGUCCAGAUAUCAAGAAUAGGGGGUAGAGUUUUUGAACUUGAUUAUCUCGGAAUAUGUAAUUAUUUUUAUUUUUUUACUUUAAGUACUUUUAGCACUAACAUAUUCGAACUUUCUACGCGGGAGGGGGGGGGUGUCCAGAUAUCAAGAAUGUUCAAUGUCCCGACAUUUGUUGAAGCGUGAAGUGAAGACUAAAAUGGCCCCUGAACGUAUAGCUUCAAGAAUUCAUCAUUAUUAUUGUGUAUGUGUGCAGUGUCUCUAAUGCACACUACAUGCUAUUGGGCCGCAACUGAGUAUGUGUCAUUAAUGAUGAUUGAUUUUUUGUUCCUUGUAACAUACAUGUAUUUCCAUUUGUUAUGUAAAUCGCCCUGCAGACCAUUUCGAAAGAGUCUCGGGAGCCCGUUUCUUUGCGACUCCUGGAGUGGACUGCCAGUCAUGGGUGGGAGCGCUCGAUUUUUGAAUGCUCAUUGCACUUGUGUGUGUUUUUUUGUUUUUCAUUAUGUUCAACUGGUCCGUUUCAAAAGUCGCUCCAUUAUAUGGUGUCUAUAUUCUAUAGGGAGGUGCGCUUUGAAAUUAAAUAUUAAUACACCAAAUAACCCCUCCGGGUGUCUGCUCACCUGGAAAUAUAUCUUACCGUGACCUGGCCGUGCUUACUUUGACGUGUCUCUUACCGUGACCUGGCCGCGCAUACUUUGAUGUGUCUCUUACCGUGACCUGGCCGCGCUUACUUUGAUGUGUCUCUUACCGUGACCUGGCCGUGCUUACUUUGAUGUGUCUCUUACCGUGACCUGGCCGUGCUUACUUUGAUGUGUCUCUUACCGUGACCUGGCCGUGCUUACUUUGAUGUGUCUCUUACCGUGACCUGGCCGUGCUUACUUUGAUGUGUCUCUUACCGUGACCUGGCCGUGCUUACUUUGAUGUGUCUCUUACCGUGACCUGGCCGUGCUUACUUUGAUGUGUCUCUUACCGUGACCUGGCCGUGCUUACUUUGAUGUGUCUCUUACCGUGACCUGGCCGUGCUUACUUUGAUGUGUCUCUUACCGUGACCUGGCCGUGCUUACUUUGAUGUGUCUCUUACCGUGACCUGGCCGUGCUUACUUUGAUGUGUCUCUUACCGUGACCUGGCCGUGCUUACUUUGAUGUGUCUCUUACCGUGACCUGGCCGUGCUUACUUUGAUGUGUCUCUUACCGUGACCUGGUCGUGCUUACUUUGAUGUGUCUUAAACCGUGACCUGGCCGUGCUUACUUUGAUGUGUCUCUUACCGUGACCUGGCCGUGCUUACUUUGAUGUAUCUCUUACCGUGACGUGGCCGUGCUUACUUUCACGUGUCUCUUACCGUGACCUGGCCCUGCCUACUUUGGCGUGUCUCGUACUGUCACCUGGCCCUGCUUACUUUGGCGUGACUCUUACUGUCACCUGGCCGCGCUUACAUUGACGUGACUCUCACUGUCACCUCGUGAUGCUUACUUCGACAAUUUUCUCACUUCUUACUGUAGGACUCAAUUGACCCAUACAUUGGUUUUUAAUUGGGAUAACCAGGACGCCACCCCCCACCCCCACCCCCUACUCUGACAGUGGGCCUCACCUUUCUUGUACGUCGAUGGGCGGUGGAUUCCACUCUAAAAAAUACCAAUAGUUCAUAUGUAAUUGAGACCUGACACUCAUUAUUGUUAGAAAAUACGAGCAAGCUGUGCACAAUGGGACCGCGAGACGGUUACUUUGUUGGUUAAAGAGGAUAAGUUUGGUUAUCUUAGCGGAACAAAUGUCAAUUCAGUGUUUACCAACAGCGGGUGACCCUUGUCGACUGCUUUUUUUUUUUUUCUUUUUUUUUUUGCCAUUGAGCGGCCAAUUAUUUUUUAUUUUUUUUUUUUAAUUUCUAACGGUACAACAUUUUAAUUAUUAUGUAGAGUAGUUGUUUAUUUAUUUUAUACCAACAGCGGGUGACCCUUGUCGACUGCUUUUUUUUUUUUUCUUUUUUUUUUUGCCAUUGAGCGGCCAAUUAUUUUUUAUUUUUUAUUUUUAAUUUCUAACGGUACAACAUUUUAAUUAUUAUGUAGAGUAGUUGUUUAUUUAUUUUAAUUUUUAAACUUAUCAUUGUGAAAACGGGCCGACGUUUAUAGUACAGAAGCAGAACUGUGAUUUGUUUACUUAUAUUUGAUUUUAUAAAAAGAGCCGCAUUGCGUAUUUAAAAGGUGAAUCUAGAUACACUUGUGUUUGUUUAUGUAGUGUUGUAUACUGAUCCCUAUAGAGUUUUUUUUUUGUUUGUUUAUGUAAAGUUGUAGAAUGAUCCCUAUAGACUUUUUUGUGUGUUUGUUUGUGUAAAGUUGUAUAAUGAUCCCUAUAGACUUUUUUUUGUGUUUGUUUGUGUAAAGUUGUAUAAUGAUCCCUAUAGCGUUGUUCUUUGUUAACGUAGAGUUGUAUGCUGAUCCCGUUCACAGCUAUGGCUGCGCAAAUAAGACAUGUUUCCAACAAACCCCGUCUCAUCUACUCAUUAGCAUUUCAAAUAGGUUGGCAUCUAUUUACAUUGGGCGCUACUUUUAGUCUUAAUGUAACCGUGCGCCGCUCCGUCUAAAUAGUCCGUUAAAUGAUCUCUUUUUGGAGAGAGAAACACGUUUUGAAAGCGGCUGGGGGCCCGGGUCGAAACACAUGACCUCGAAGGACGUUAGACGGCGAUUGUCCCUUUUCGUUUCAAUGGAGUCCACUUACUUUUUAACCCGUCCACACCAUGUACUCUUCAACCUGUCAGCUGUUCAACCCGUCGAUGCCGUCAGCCACACAGCACAAACUCCUGCUUGCAUCUCACACGUACAUAAAUGUUCCUUGUGUCAACUCCUGCUCGCAUCUCAUACUUACAUAAAUUUUCCUUGUGUCAACUCCUGCUCGCAUCUCACACGUACAUAAAUGUUCCUUGUGUCAACUCCUGCUCGCAUCUCACACGUACAUAAAUUUUCCUUGUGUCAACUCCUGCUCGCAUCUCACACGUACAUAAAUUUUCCUUGUGUCAACUCCUGCUCGCAUCUCACACGUACAUAAAUUUUCCUGGUGUCAACUCCUGCUCGCAUCUCAUACUUACAUACAUUUUCCUUGUGUCAACUCCUGCUCGCAUCUCAUACGUACAUACAUUUUCCUUGUGACAACUCCUGCUCGCAUCUCACACGUACAUAAAUGUUCCUUGUGACAACUCCUGCUCGCAUCUCACACGUACAUAAAUGUUCAUUGUGACAACUCCUGCUCGCAUCUCACACGUACAUAAAUGUUCCUUGUGUCGCGGUGCUCUGGCUCCACGUCGAAGACUUUUUAUUUUUGUCCUUGAUGGCGCCUUAGCGUAAAGUUCGUUAUCUUUGUAGAGGGAUGUCUAAGAUGUAGACACAACAAUGACGCCAUGCCUGAGGUGUCGUCACGUCAAUGACCACACUACUGCUAGGUUCCGUUUGAAAGGUGUUGAUUUAGGCUACUCGUACCAGGUAUUGAUACCUUUUUAAUCUGAAAGUCACGGACCGGCAGGAAUAUAAAGAGAGAGGGAGGGGGGUCGUGAGACAUUGUAUAUAACGAAUCUUGAAACGGCGCUGUCCCUAGCAUGUGCGCUAAAUCGCCCCGAAAUGGAAUGAGGGAGGGCAUAGAAGGAAAUCAAUAGCCACGCCAAAGUGGGACCAGGGGAUGAGGCCCUCGCCCGAAAAAAAAAUUGGAUACACGGAUUCAUUUUGGCGCAUACCUGAAUUGUUUGUUUUGCCUCUAUGUAAACUUAAAAUAAGAGCAAUAGAUAAAUGCUAUGAGUCUAUUGUUUGUUUUGCCUCUAUGUAAACUUAAAAUAAGAGCAAUAGAUAAAUGCUAUGAGUCUAUUUUUUGUUUUGCCUCUAUGUAAACUUAAAAUAAGAGCAAUAGAUAAAUGCUAUGAGUCUAUUGUUUGUUUUGCCUCUAUGUAAACUUAAAAUAAGAGCAAUAGAUAAAUGCUAUGAGUCUAUUUUUUGUUUUGCCUCUAUGUAAACUUAAAAUAAGAGCAAUAGAUAAAUGCUAUGAGUCUAUUGUUUGUUUUGCCUCUAUGUAAACUUAAAAUAAGAGCAAUAGAUAAAUGCUAUGAGUCUAUUGUUUGUUUUGCCUCUAUGUAAACUUAAAAUAAGAGCAAUAGAUAAAUGUUAUGAGUCUAUUUUUUGUUUUGCCUCUAUGUAAACUUAAAAUAAGAGCAAUAGAUAAAUGCUAUGAGUCUAUUUUUUGUUUUGCCUCUAUGUAAACUUAAAAUAAGAGCAAUAGAUAAAUGCUAUGAGUCUAUUGUUUGUUUUGCCUCUAUGUAAACUUAAAAUAAGAGCAAUAGAUAAAUGCUAUGAGUCUAUUUUUUGUUUUGCCUCUAUGUAAACUUAAAAUAAGAGCAAUAGAUAAAUGCUAUGAGUCUAUUGUUUGUUUUGCCUCUAUGUAAACUUAAAAUAAGAGCAAUAGAUAAAUGCUAUGAGUCUAUUUUUUGUUUUGCCUCUAUGUAAACUUAAAAUAAGAGCAAUAGAUAAAUGCUAUGAGUCUAUUGUUUGUUUUGCCUCUAUGUAAACUUAAAAUAAGAGCAAUAGAUAAAUGCUAUGAGUCUAUUGUUUGUUUUGCCUCUAUGUAAACUUAAAAUAAGAGCAAUAGAUAAAUGCUAUGAGUCUAUUUUUUGUUUUGCCUCUAUGUAAACUUAAAAUAAGAGCAAUAGAUAAAUGCUAUGAGUCUAUUGUUUGUUUUGCCUCUAUGUAAACUUAAAAUAAGAGCAAUAGAUAAAUGCUAUGAGUCUAUUUUUUGUUUUGCCUCUAUGUAAACUUAAAAUAAGAGCAAUAGAUAAAUGCUAUGAGUCUAUUGUUUGUUUUGCCUCUAUGUAAACUUAAAAUAAGAGCAAUAGAUACAUGCUAUGAGUCUAUUUUUUGUUUUUAAUGUUACUAAAUAGUAAUUUAUAUUACAUAUUCUUUAUAUAUAUAUAUAUAACCACCACUUUGAGUGCGACACACUAUUUUAUGCAAGCCUUGUGACAGGACUUCAGGAAGCUGUCAUCGCCGGUGUUUUAUGUGUCACCUUUUUAAACCCGUCGUCGCGCAUAACGCUUCCUGCACCUUGUACCCGACUCGGCGACCUUUGGACCCGGCGCGACGCCUCAGUGAAAAUAGAAUCACGCAGUUUUUUUUGUUUUGUUUUUUUUUCUCCCUCUUUUUUCAAAUGACGUCAUGGUUUAUAGUCCCGUUAUCUUAAAAAAAAAUGGGGUUGUUUGCAGGUCAUGUUAUCAAAAAUGUGGUUAUCACUCUUGACACGGUAUCCAAGUUGUGGACGGGUGUCGCCGAGUUUCGCGGGGCUGAACAUGUUCAAAGGGAAUCUAACUCCAGCAGUGGUUCAGAUCGCUCUUUGGUAAGUUCAGGGCUCAUUUCACGUGCCCCCACGUCAUCCUUCGGAAGUCCGGGAGCGUGCUCCCGCAGCCAAACGAAGAUCUGCCCCAGUGAUGUUAUGGGUGUGCGUGUAAAUGUAGUCGUAUGUCAUUAACUGGGCUUUCUGUGUCAAUCAUUCAAGGCCAACGCUACCGCAUCUUUACAUUGUGUGCCGUCUUUCAGAAGUCAUGCCUCUUUUAAUCCCUACAAGAAUAACAGAUGCAGGUGCUGGCAAAUACCACCGCAGUAAGGGGGCCGGGGGGGGGGAGUUUCCUACAACGUUUAGGGAAGCACGACCGACUUAGACAAGAGUAUGGGGCGUGGGGUGGGGUUGUUUACAGGGUUAAUAUGGUAACCGGAAAUUUGAUCGAAAGAAAUUUCGUCGACGGUAAAUUGAUCGACGGUAAUUUGAUCGACCGGAAAUUUGGUCGAAACUUUUUUUCAGUUCUCGCGUUAAGAUUUUCGUCAAAUUUCUUUUUGAACGCACUAUACUAUAUAGUAAAACAAAAUAAUGCGUUCAAAAAGACAUUUGAAGCAAAAUGUAAACGUAAAAACGGAAAAAAAGAUUCAACCAUAUUUCCAUUCGAUCAAAUUUCCGGAUACGGGUUAAUAUUCAUCUUAAAUACUAAUUUCCUGAUCAUUAUCCGGAGUACUGUCAUGGAUAGACAAGUGGAAAAUGUGCAGAGGGGGGACAAUCUCUCUCUGGGAGCUUCACCUCCCACACAUCUCGCUGGAUCCCACACACCUCCCUGGAUCCCACGCACCUCCCUGGAUCCCACGCACCUCCAUGGAUCCCACACACCUCCCUGGAUUCCACAUACCUUCCUGGAUCCCACAUACCUUCCUGGAUCCCACACACCUCCCUGGAUCCACCACUGGAUCAUGCUGUGUAUCGACCCUCAUCUAUCCAAUGGCAAGUUUAACAUAUAAUUAUACCUAUCUGCUGCGCUGCACUCUGAUUGAACAGCUGUUACAAGAAUUUUGGAAUGUUAAACAUUUUAUUAGGUGAACAGCAAAAACAAAUUUUACACCAAUAGAUCACAUUACUUCUAAGUGCAGGAUAUUUUCACCUGUGACGCAAGUGUCAAGUGGUUGGGCCCCCCCCCCCCGUUACAAAUUAAAUGUUUUAAAAAAAUUGUUGACAUUUUUCAUUAGCCCUAAAGUAAUGUACAUACAUUAGAGAGAUGUUUGUCUUGUUAUACAUUAGAGAGAUGUUUGUCUUGUUAUACAUUAGAGAGAUGUUUGUCUUGUUAUACAUUAGGGAGAUGUUUGUCUUGUUAUACAUUAGGGAGAUGUUUGUCUUGUUAUACAUUAGGGAGAUGUUUGUCUUGUUAUACAUUAGAGAGAUGUUUGUCUUGUUAUACAUUAGGGAGAUGUUUGUCUUGUUAUACAUUAGGGAGAUGUUUGUCUUGUUAUACAUUAGGGAGAUGUUUGUCUUGUUAUACAUUAGGGAGAUGUUUGUCUUGUUAUACAUUAGGGAGAUGUUUGUCUUGUUAUACAUUAGGGAGAUGUUUGUCUUCCAAAUUUCUUUUCAAGAACCAUGUUUUUCGGAGUCAUAACUGAUUUACAUCCAACUGGCCGAGCCACACUCGGGUCGUUAAUGAGCCCCAUGGGGCUUGCGAAGCCACGAUUUGCCGACCACAGGAUUAGAGACAUAUGUUUAUCUUGGUUCCUGCUUCAGCUUAUUCUGCUUAAGCUGUGUCUCCUCAAAACUCAUCUCCUAUUACUGCAGACUUCUUUUAGAUUUUAACUAAAAUUAUGAUUAUUUGCUUGAGACCACCUGUUUAUAUUUUUUAUUGUUAUUAAUGCAUAGAUCAAUAUUUUAAAUGCUUCUAUGAUUGAUUUUAAAGUUUUUCUAACAACCGUUUGCUUUCUUUAAAAACCUCGAUUACCACUUGUCAGUUAGUGUGUAACUUGAAUUUUUUAAAUUUUAAUUUCCCUUCAAAAGUUUGCAAUUAGUCAAACAACUAGUUUCCUUCCUAGGAGAGCAAAAUGAAAAUCGGUUUGGUCCUCUCAUUCCUCAAAUUAAUUCAAAGCGAAAUUCAGAUGUGUCUCUGAUUACAUAAUCACUUUUAUACAUCAUCAUUGCUGUCAUCUGACGAUAAAUAUUGAUAUCACUUUAUGGUCAUUUGAAACAAGAAAGACAUAACAGGUUCAGUGAUGCAAGACAACUACCUACUGCAAAUAUUUAAAGUGAUCCUGUUAUUGGCAUGGCUUUUUUUUUUUUAAAAACAUACAUUCAGUAAAUAGCAAAAUAACAAUAUCAUAUUAUUAAUUGGUAAUGGUGUAGCAAAAAACACCUUUAGGCUGUGUCUGUUGAUGCUAAUUUGGUUUUAUAUUGGAUUACCUUCACUAAGUGAGGUCAGAGACAGCUGGGUACUAAACAUAUGAUCAUGUUACUUCUAUUUUUUUGUGUACAAAAGUUUUAGCAAAUUGAAAAUAGUCACGCUUCACAUGCCAUAUUAGUGGCGUCUUAUUUCAAAACCUGGCAUAUUGCAGCUGGUAGCAAUCUUAAGCUCACAGUUAUGAAAUGUUUGCCUGAAUGUGAAGUGUUGACAUAGCAGUUCCAACUUGACAUUGCCAAGUAUAGCACAAGUCUAUGCUUACCAUUGAUAGUGCUCAAGUAUAGUGUAAGUCUAUAAUCUUUGUCAUGCUUAAUUUUGGUAUGAGAAGAAUAUUUGCUGGCCUGUUUUAAAAAGGACUUCAUCAUCAUAAGAUGUUUAAGUUAAAUGUAAAUUGUUAUGUGUUUUUAUGAUACACCAAUGCUCUGGUAUCAUGAAAUGAAAGGUUGAGAGGUAUUUGUUGCUUUAGUCCGGUGAUUAGCAAGUUUAUUUAGUUCACCAGCAUAGGUCUAGAGUAAGACCUUAAGAAUAAUUUUUAGGCAGUGGCAAUAGAUUUAGUUAGAAAUAAACAUUCGAAGGGUGCCAAAUUCAAAAAGAGCAUUCCAGCCUCUAUUUGGAAAAGGGAAGAUUCCCCCCCACCCUUAAAGGAAAUAGUCAUCACCCAACUUUAAGUAGCGAUUUGAAUAUAGAGCUUGGUAUUUGUGUCAAGUCUUUUAUAAUUAAUUCAAAAUUACUUAUAUUUAUGUCAUUCUAAAUCAGGAGCAGUCCCAGAAUGUUUUCUUGUGGCACCCUCGAAAGGACUUACAACUUCUUCUAAUUUGAUUCAAUAAUCCAUUUCUCGUCUCAUUUUUUUUUUUUAUUGUUUAAAAUCUCAAUAUUACAUUCAUAGUACUUAAAUUCCUUCAACUCCUGUAAUCUCCUCGAUAGUCUAAAUCACAUGAUUUUGCUGGUAUGCAUGUCUUGCUUUUGAACAACUCAACUUCCAUCUCUAAAUAAGAGCGCUUCCACCUCUAAACUUAAAGCUACAUUGAGGUCAUCUAACAAAUUUAUAUCAAAUGAUUUGUUGUUUCUUAUGUUGUCCUUUUGAUUGUCCUGUCAAACUAAACAUCCACUAUUUCCUUCACAAGGCUUGAACGCAGUCUCUCAAAUGUUAUCCUUAAUAAUCUUAUCUAAUUAUAUAUUUAUUUUAUUUUCAGAGAACAAGUGAAAUAUUGGGACCGACUAAAGGAAACACGUCCAACUUUUUCUACUGAUAGUUCUCCACUUGAACCAGCUGUCAGACUUCAUGCUGAAACUCUCAGUAUUGUGAUCUGAUCAACCAUCCGCCGGUCGUACACGCGGGCAGGUAGCGCAGGGGGCAGUCGUCAUGGCAGAAGCCCACUCAGCUGUCGCCUUUUCCUUCACUGUGACCCCAGAUGGCUACGAUGUCAAUAUCAACCACGAGGCCCUGUGGGCAGUCUGGGAGAGCGGAGUCAUCUCAUGGAAGAAAAGGAUUGGCAGACUCAAGGUUCGAGAGUUUAAACAACAAUUUUUUUUAAAUUUAUUACAAUGACAACUCCGUUUCACUUUACUUUAAAGUUGUUUUGUGUGUGAAGCAUAGGUUAACACAUUUUGGAAAACCCCUGGGUUUUGAAUUGAUUUGACCACAUCAGCUCAUGUUGUAGAAGUAUAGUGACUACUAAACCAGGUAUUUUUCUGGCAAUAAAAAAAUGUAUCUUUUAAAAAUGAAACUGUUUGAAAGACUGAAAGUUGAAUGGCAAGUGGUAGUUGCUGCAGAGCUGUCACAUGACUUUUGGAGACCCCUAGUGACUUUCCCAAUUUCCGUCCUCUUUAUUUAAAUUUGAUAGUUCUUUUAUUGUAAACUAGCUAAUAAACCAGCGUUGCCCUGGAUUGCAUUCUUUAAAACAAAAACAACCUUUUUACAGCCUUUUUAGCUAACAUCAAAUUAAGGAGCUUGAAAAAAAAACAUUUUGUCAACAUAAAAAAUUAAAAUUAUAUAUUUCUCCAUUAAAAUAGUAAUCCCGUUCCAAGUUGGUUUCUGUUCCCUGAUGGGGAAACCUGUUCCCCAGUGGGAUGUCUUUUUCUGUUGUGAUCCUAUUCUCCAGUGGGCUCCCAUUCCCUAAAUGGAUCCUAUUCCCUGGUUGGUUUCUUUUCUCUAUUGUGAUCCCAUUCCCCUGUGGGUUGCAAUGCCCUUGGGAUCCCAUUCUCUGUUGUGAUCCCAUUCUACACAGACUUAAAAAUCUCCAAUGAAGGUAUAGAUAUCUCUAAAAUUUAAAUUCACAUAAGCUUUGUCCAUAUAUUAUGCCCCAGAACAAUAUAGAAACUUCUUGAAAAUUCUAAAAACAUUGAAACAAAAUGCCAUAACUAUAACCAUUUAUAACCCAAUGGGGACCCAUUUCAUACAGUGUCUUUUUAGUUUUGCCUAAGAUGAGUGUCCUAUAAAUUAUUCAGAUAUAUAAUGGAGUUAAAAUUUAAAAUAAGUCCUAUUAAAAUCAGUUUAAAAAUGCAGAAGAUUUAAUCUUAUACAUUAUUAAACUUUCUGGAAAGUUCUAGACCAGCCCGGAAUGGAUUUGAAAUCCACCAAUAUUUCAGUAUGGACCAUUUGAGUACCAGUGAUAGCUACCAAGGAAAAAAACAAAUUAAGGGCCCUUUGCCCCAAAUGGAAUAUUAUGUAAAGUUCUAAAGCCCCCAGUAUUUCAUUCUGAAUUAUGAUGGAUAUGUGUGCUCAGGUUUGUCAAGAUCUAUCUAUCCAUGUAGAAAGUAGAAACAUAGGUGAAACAAACAAACAAAUGUUCACUUUGAUAUACACAUUUAUGAUUUUUUCCCACAUCAAAAUUUUGGGCCCCUUUUGCAGCCACAGGGUUCGCAAGGCCCACACAAAGGCCCUGGUUGUUAUUAGAAAUUUUUGUUUUCAUUUUUCAUGAUGCAACAUUAAAUUCCAAAUAUAUUAAUUUUUUAAUUUUUUAAAACUAUAACAAUAUUAAAAAGUAAUACAUUUUAUAAUUAUUAUAUAUAAUUAAUUAUCAAAUAAAUUCUUAUCUAGUAGAAUAAAUAAAUUUUUCAAAUAAAAAGUUAAUUUUCUUCUUUUUAAGAACAAAGAUGUGAGUUUGUUCUUCCCACAUUGAAUCUACAAUCAUGAUUUAUUUCUUCUGGUAUUGAUUUUAGGGUCAUGAUUUCUUUACAGCCAUAAUUCUAUUCCAUCCCGACUUAACUGUUUAUCCUCAGAACAACAUCCGCAAUGGUGUAUUCCCAGCCUCCAUGUCAUCCUGGCUGUUUGUGGUGACCAUAAUUCUCGGGAUCAAGCUGGCAGGCGCUGACCCUUCCUUUGGUCUCAUUGAAUGGAUCCACCAGCACACACCCGGGUAAUAUACACUGAUGUUAACUUAACUUUUGAACCCUUGGCUACUGAUCCUUAUAUAUCCUGAUCCCACCCCCCCUUCUGACCGUUAAAUUGUGAUGCUGGGCGCUGUCCAAUGGGUUGACAUGUAAAAGUAAAUAGUUCUUGUGGGGGGGCGUGAAUUUAAAAAAAAAUAAAUACAAUUUAUACAGCUUUUUUUUUUAUUAAGUGAAGUUAUGUAACUUUUUUAAUGUCAUGAUUAUGUUUGCUAAUAUUCUUAUGUGAAGCAUGUUGAGCCCUGCCCGAGGCUGGAGUACAGCGCUAUAUAAGACGAUUGUAAUGAUAUUAAUAAUAUUAUAUUCAGGCCCUUGGGUUCCUAGGUAAAAUUUACACAAGCAUAACAAAAUUCAUGUGUCUGUGAUUGUCCAUCACUUUCGGGUCAAGGAUUUAAUGAAACCAGGACUAGGGACAUAGAUUUUUUUUACACGUUCAUAAUGUGAGAUCUCAGAUUCCAAGGUUAAAGGUUUAGGUUCACUGGUACAUCUAUGCAAAUGUCAGGGUUUUUUUUUCCUCAAUUCCUCAAUAUCCUUACUUACCAACCUUGUCUGUAUUUUCUAUUUGUCAGAAUUAAUGGAGCCUCCCAUUCGUUUGGCCUGUAUGCCAGCACAAUGGUGUUUGGUACCAUUGUUUGGAUAGUGAAGUUCCUUGCACUCAAGUAUGUCCUAAAGCUGCUGUUGACUUAUCACAACUGGAUGUAUGAAGUGCGUGGGAAAAUGUCUCUCAAAACAAAAAUAUGGUUUGUAAGUAUUGGUUUGGUUCGAUAAUGUUUACCACUUAUGCCACAGUAUGCCCAUGUACCCCAAAAGUCUAUAAUAAUGAGCUAUAAAAUUAAAAAAGAAAUGUUGUUACAAAUUUGAAGUAACCUUGUGUCAUCUUUUGCUUGAUUCUUUCAGAUGCUCUUUUAUUUACACAGUGGUAUGAUCCUAUCUUAUUGGCCUGUUGAUUUCAGAUGGGGUAUGACUGUAUGCCAUUUACUUCUCUCUUUCAGAUGCUGAUUCGUUUGUAUGGUGGUAGGAAGCCUCUGCUGAUGAGCUACCAGGCCUCCCUGCCCAAGCUGCCAGUGCCAGCCCUUAAAGAAUCUGUGGACAAUGUAAGCGUCUUGAGUUGAAUCAAGUUAAACAAAUCAAAUGCGACAGCAGAUUCACUUUAAGUAAUUUACCCCUUAGGGAUCUUAUUUUGAACGCAGCGCAUUGUUGUUAGAAUUGCAAAGGAUCAUAUUUUACUGUGGGUUUCUUAGUUAGUUUUGUCUGAUGGCGUGCACAUUUUUUUUUUUUUAUCAAAAAUGUUUCAUGGUUUGUCAAUAUUGUGGAAUUUUUAUUUUUUUAAAAUUUUUUUUACAAUGCAGACCUGUUUACUCUCAAACGCUUAAAAUCGUACAAUAUCAUCACAUAAUUGUUCAGUACCUUAUAUUUAUAGUAAAAAAUAAACAUACAGUAUAUAUAAUGUUGUAUACCUCAAAAGCGUACAUUGUACGCCAAAAUCGUAAGAGUAAACAGGUCUGACAAUGUCAUGUUUACCAUGGUUUUCAGAUUAUGGUGUUAAAGUUUGUUGGGUUUUUUUUUACAUUGUGAUGGAUUACUAGAUUUGCAUAUAUUUUUUUCCCCCAUUUUCUUCUGUUAGUACCUUCAUUCCGUCAAGCAUCUGUUGACCGAAGAGAGGUACAAAGAGAUGGAGCAGUUGGCUGAUGAGUUUUGUAAAGGCGUUGGAAAAAAGUUUCAGAGAUAUCUCAUCCUCAAGUCGUGGUGGGCAGCCAACUAUGUGAGGGGUGUUUGUGCACACUGUUUGAAUUGUUAACAUUAUUACAGAAAGCAUGAAUGUUAUUACAGAAAGUAGUUUGAAAGAAACAUUCAAACUAUUUUGUGGAACAGUGACUGCAGGUUGAAAUACACCACGUAUCAAGAAAUAGGGUGAAGCCUUAGCAAUGGACUUAAAGUUAGAUUUUGGAAAUAUGUCCUUAGCCAGACUUAAAGAUAAAUUACCCCUGGGAAAAAUAUCUAAGAAACGUUGAUCUAAAAUCUCGAAAUUUCUUCAUUCUAAAAUGAAUAACUAAAUGUCAUUGCGUGACACAGGAGCCAUCGAGUCCAAAGGAUAUUUGAUCUAGAGGUAGUAUAAAAAAAUAGAGAGAAAGAUGUGACUUAUCACACUAGUGCCUUCGCAGACAAACCAAAAGAGUUGGUUACAUAAUACCUGUCUAAGAGAAGGCCAACUCUGAAUUUAAAACCAGGAGCCAGAAUGAUCAACAAAUUGAUCGUGGGCACCUCAAAUAUAAGAAGAAGAAGAAGUCAUUUAAUUUUUAGCUGCCUUAGUGUAUCACACAGCUCAUUGAGAUUGUCACAUAAACAGAUUUUUAACAGAAAUGGCUUGUACUCUGCAGUUAAAGAGUGCUUCUAGUUAGGAAAUGCUCACUGUGUCUCUUCUCUUCCCCAGGUAUCUGAUUGGUGGGAAGAGUAUGUAUAUUUGAGAGGUCGCUCUCCUAUAAUGGUCAACAGUAAUUACUAUGGUGUGGUAAGUCAGGCUGAGAAAUUUUUUGUCAAAAAUGUAAAAUUUCAGCAGUUUUCCUUUAAUAAGUGGUAGCACCGGUAAAAUUUCCAUUUAUUAGAAUUGAAUAAUAUCACAUUUACCUUUUUUUUCAUAACACACACCUGUUCCAUCACCUGUUUAUAUUAACUAUCAAUAUUAUCUGCUUGUCCUUUACUGAGAGUUUAUACACACUUUUAGUUUAUACAGUUUAUUCAAACACCGUCUUUACUGUUGACCCUAUUACAAAUGUUAAUUUAUACAGAUUAUUCAAACACCAUCUUUACAGUUCGUUCACCCUAAUACAAAUUCCAGUAUAGGAACAUGUUAAAAAAAAUUUUUUUAUUUUCUUAGCGAAAUUCCCAGUAAUUUACAACCAAUGAUUUUUUUUUUUCAAAUUUACCUUGAUGAUGAUUGUGCUCAUGUCUGUGUGUAUUAGGACGCCUUACUGGUUCACAACACACAUGUUCAGGUAGCCAGGGCGGCCAACCUGAUCUAUGCCAUGCUCCAGUACAGACGAGAAGUUGACAGGGAGGAGCUCAACCCGGUCAGUUGUUGUCUUAUGGUCAUUCAUUGCUGUCUUACAUUCAGUUAGUGUUGUCUUUUGUUCCUUUGGUGUUGUCUUAUGUUCCAUUAUUCUUGGAAUAGGCUGACUAAAGCUCAGAAUAUUUUUUUUCUUUAAAAACCAUGUUAACUCUAAUGGACUAAUGUUAUGUAAGCUUGCCUAAGUUUGUAUAUAAAUCUUAGUUCAUUUACCAUAAUUUGAGAUGUUAUUUCUUUAAGUACUUUGGUAGAGUGUUUGCUUUAGUUUUGCAUUUAUUUUUACCUUUUAAAAUAUUAAUUAUUUAUGCCCAUUUCCCUUCAGCAUAUCUGCUGAUUGUUUGAUCUCCAUUGAAGAAAUUGUUGUGCCGCUCUUGGCCAUUUUUUCAUUUUACGUAAAAUUCUGAAAAUAUCUAAAAAAAAUUCACAUUUGUUUUAUUAAUGGAGGAAUUGCGAUUAAAUUUUUUUGGCAGAUACUCAUUCAAAAUAUAGUCCCUCUUUGCUCAGCACAGUAUGAACGUCAGUUCAACACAACACGCAUUCCAGGAAUAGAAACAGGCAAGCUGACUCUUUUAAUAAUUUAAACGCUAAAUGUCGAAAUUUGUUGAACCAUGAUUAUUUUUUAACUCUAACCCAGCUUGUUUUGUUUUUUUUUGUUUGUUUUUUUGUUUUUUUAAAUGUGAUCCAAUUAAAUUUCAGACUUACUUUUUAAAAAUUAAAAUUUGCUUAUUGUUACAAAAUUUAAUAAAAUUUUCACUCUACCAGUCAACCUGGAAUUAUUUUAUGAGUUUGAGUUUUGGAGUUUUCAAUAAAAUAGCUUCCUCAUUGUAUGGUUUACAUCCAUCGCCAAAUGUUGAUGGCAUUAUUUGUUUUCCCAGACCAACUUGUCCACUGGAAGGAGAGUAACCACAUCUCACUCUACCACAAAGGUCGUUAUUUUAAAGUUUACAUACGACACAAGGGAAGACUACUCAAACCUAUUGAAAUCGAAGUGUGAGUUAUUUGAUUUUGGAACAUGGCUUUCUCAUUACUGAAAAAGCUUUCAUUUUUAGUACCUUAACAAUUCAUCUUUUUUCUGUAAUGUAACUUACGAAAAGGUUGAUUAUUGUUCAUGUUCUUUCAUCUUUAUCUAAAUUAUUAAUAAAUUUUCACUGUUGAUGCUUGGACAAAAAUUGAUUUAAUUGCAUCAGGAUUUUAUGGCGAGACUAUAAAAAUUGAUUUGUUGUGCCAGGAUGCUGCAGAAGAUUGUAGAUGAUGAAUCUGUGCCUGCUGAAGGUGAGGAACACCUGGCGGCUCUAACAGCCGGGGAAAGGAUACCCUGGGCCAAAGCACGCACGGAAUACUUCAGCAAAGGAAAAAACAAGGCUUCACUCGAUGCCAUAGAAAAGGUAAUGUAAAUAGUAUUUGAAUGGCCCCUGCAACGAAGCAGAGCGAAAGCAAGCAUAAUUUUGAACAUUUGUUAAAUUUGAUUUAUUUCAUUUGGGAAUAUUAUUAUUUUGUAACAUUUAACAACUGAAUCUUCACCUGAAUAAUACACUGCUGUUUUUAUUAUAAUUUUAAUAUAAAGCAGCUAAUGACUAAUUGCUAUUCUGACAGGCUGCCUUCUGUGUAACUCUGGACACAGAGCCCCAAGAUUAUGAUCCUGUAAGUAAUCAAGCCACUUCCUGUUGUUUCUGUUGAAAAUUAAAAAAUAUAUAAUUUCUAAUUUAAGUACAGUGUUGUAUAGAGGCAAUUGAUCAGUCAUGCAGAUGUUGAAAUGUUUGAGAUUCAAACAAAUAUUAUUCCAUGAUUAUUUUUUAAUUCAGUAAUGUUUGUGUUUAAAAACAAUGGCACUAAUUUUCCCUGACAAGGAUGACCCAACCAAGCUGGACAGAUAUGGAAAAGCCAUGAUUCAUGGCAAAGGUUAUGACAGAUGGUUCGACAAGUCCUUCACAUUUGUGGUGUGCUCCAAUGGCAAGGUAAGGCAACAUUUUCUUCUGCCAUUGAAUGCUAAAGGAAGAAUUUCUGGGGCAAGGGUGCUAUUAAUUGAUCACCAAAGAAAGCAUUUCAGGGGCAGCGAUGCUGUUGAUUGAAUUUAAUAAAAUGUUGUACAAUGGCGUGACGGAAAAGUUAUGAUGAAUAUUCCCCCCCCCCCCUCUCAGGUAAUUUAAAAUUGACACAUAUAAAUGUUGCUCUAUCAAAAUGAGAAGGAUAAAUGAAUAAUCAACCAGUUACAAAUUCGUUAAUAAAAAAAAGUACAAAGUUGAUCUUUAAUUAAGGCUAUGCAUUGAAAGUUGUGAAGCAUUCGUGUGAGAUUUUGAACAUGAAUUUAAAAUGUGUUGGGAACUUGAAAACUAUUGCCAGUUUGGUGGUCCCUGGAAUUACCUUUAUUUUAUUUCUUUUUUUUUUUCAGAUUGGUUUCAAUGCUGAACAUUCCUGGUAGGUUUUCCCACUAAAUUUCCCUUUAUCAAAUUUUAAAACAUUUAAAUCCACCAUUUGAAAUAACGACAGUUUCUUCAAUUUUUAGGAUGACUGAAUUUUGUUAUGAUUCUGAUACGUCACAUUUCUUUAAAACAUUUUGUGAAAAAUAUAUUUUUUUUAUUCCAUUGAUUUAUUUCACCAUUAAUUUUAUUUUGUUUUCUUUUUAUUUCCUUAAAUUUGUCUCUUUGAGUUUACAUUUGAACUUUUUAUUUUUUAUUAGCAUUUUGUUUAUUUUUACAUUUUGCUCUUUUAUAUCAGACCUGAUUACAAGACUUCAUUACCUUUACAGAAAGGAAUUUUUAUUUUUCAUUCACUGACAUUAAUGAAAUUAGCUUGAUUUUUUUUUUAAAGAGUUAUUUCAGUUUGUGUCUGAGAAAUAGGAUAUUGCUUUGGUACUUGGUGGCACAAACGAAAAUUUUUCCACCCACUAUUAAAACAAAAUUUGGCUAGCCUUGUGUGAAAUUGUAUAAAUGUUUCUAUUCUUUUUGAGUGAUCCAAUUUGCUAACCAGGUGUGACAUAGAGUAGCUUAUUGAAAUCUUUUAAAUGAAUAACUUCAUUGAUAAAGAAAGCUUCUUGCAUAGAAUAUAGUUUUCCUAAUUAGGACAAUAUUUGAAUUGAUAGAUUGCCUCUAAAAGUAUGACCCCACCAAAAAAAAAACACCACUUUUAAGAAGAAGAGUUUUAAAAAUGUAAUUCUUUUUGAUAAGACAAAUACAGUUUAUACAUUACUUUUUCUGGAUGGGUCUUACUUAGGAGAUAUGAAUAUAAAAUAACACACCUGUUCCAAAGUGUCUUACACAGCAUGAAAAUCGCAACUAUUAAUAUCAACUAGAAUGAUUAGGGGUGUCAUUCAUAUAUUACUUACACGCUCUUGGGGAGAGGUUUUGCACACAGGCUAGGAAAUACUAUAUAGUGUAUGUGUAGGAAGGGCUUUUCAAAAGCUUGCACAUCCUAGAGCUAUGAAAAUUGAUAAAAUCUGUUAACAUUUUUUGUUCUGAAUGUCAUUGCUGUGGGUCAGUAGGUGGGGAGAGAUCCAUGAUCAACUAGCUUGUCGUCCCCAAAAAAUGGGAACAAGUGUAUGUUGUUAUAUUGAAAAUAAAAAAAUGCAACAAAAAAUAAACCUCACUUUUUAUUCACACAAAAAAAGCCUUCAAUAGGGAUUGAGAGAGGGGGGGGUAAGAAGUUCUUCUGUAUGCGCUCAGAGAAGUUUCCGAAAAUGGACUGUGGGGGUAAAGGGGAUAUGUUAAUGUAAAUUUCAUAUGUAAUCUAUGAAUGGCCCCCUGUCACAGAGUCAUGUGUAUAUGGUUUAACAAAAGUUUCCACAUGGGGCUGUCCUCUGUUUCAGGGCGGAUGCACCCAUCAUGGCGCACAUGUGGGAGGUUGUAGUGACCAGGGAACACAUAGAAUUAGGGUAUUGAUGUUUUUUUUUAACCAUAGAUGCAUGCAGGGCACAGAGAGCAUUGGUCUGUUGCUGCUCAACACAUUAGCACGCUGUGUUGUAGAGUUUGUUCAAACAAUAGCACACUGUGUUGUAGAGUUUGUUCAAACAUUAGCAAACUGUGCUGUAGAGUUUGUUCAAACAUUAGCACACUGUGCUGUAGAGUUUGUUUUUGUUCAUGUUCUUGUUAUCUGUCCAGCGGUGGUUCUCAACCAAUGAUCCUAAUUUCUAUUUGCGCAGAUGUUGUUGUUGUUUUUGUUUUUUACAUCUGGGGAUUUUUUUAAAAUUUUAACUUUGAUUUUUAAUAUUCCAUAAUAAUAAAACAAAUCACUACGCCAGCAUAAUAAACAAAACAAAAAUGACCUUAAACUAUAACGUGAGAACACAUCUACAGACACUUCAAUAUGUUAAGGACCACUGCUGGUUUGUUGAUAAUUUCGUUGGAGCAAAGGGAGUUAGCCCAAAGCAUGUUCUUUACUUUUUGAAGGUUCUUGACCUUUCUUGACCUUUGGUGUUUUUGUUUGGGGUUUUUUUGUUUUUGUUUUUUUUGUUACUCCAGCUCCAAGAAUGCCUACUUUUAAUCUCCACACCUGCUUCUGUUCUAGGGAUGGUUUCUAAUAAUUUUUUUUUAAUUAACAAAUAGAAUGAAAUUUUAUAUAAAUUCUAAAUUCUCCUAACAGGAUUCUUUUUUUUUUUUUCUAACUAUUCCAAACCUAAAUUUUUAAUAAGGCUGAAAGACAUAUUACUGUUAAAUCUAUAACAAUACAUUAGCAUUUACUCAUUAGAUAUCGUGUUGGUAACCGGCAGCAGUUACAUGUUACUAAUAAAGAUUUACUGUGCGUUAAUAUUAAAAACACAGCUGCUAUGAUUAAUACACAAUUUUUUAUCUUUUUUUAAACUUUAUAUGUUUUCAGUAGAGGUAGUUGCUUGUAUUUCUUCAUGCUCAAAUUUAAUAGCAUUCAAUCUGAUUACUCAGGGCAGAUGCACCAAUGGUGUCUCAGAUGUGUGAAGUGACAUUUAGACAUGAUUUUGACCUUGGGUAAAAUAUUUGUCAGUGAACUACCCUUCCAAAAAAAAAAAAACAACAACCUGUACUAUACUUCAAGCAUGGCUGCUGUUGUGCCUUCAGAUGACAGCAACAACAUACCUUUAGACUUAACUAAACAAAUUUUUUUAAAGAUUUUAUUUGAAGUUUAUUAUGUUUGCUGGAUAAAGUUUUGCAUGCUAUAAAAGAAGUCUGAUAAAUUAGCGAACACCUUAAGUCACUAAACAACUCAGUAUAAGGGGAAAUCCCUAUCUUUUUGGGACACACGUCUCUCAAGUAGUUUUUUUUUCCUUAAAUAAAUUAGUUUUGAGGCCAAGUGAUGUUUAAAUUAGGUCAAAUUUUUUGUGUGUGUUAAAUUGAAGGCUCCAGCCUUUCUUCCCCGCGGCACAGAACUAUUCACCUAGGAAGAUUUCUAUAAAUACUACUAAAAUACGAAAGCGUAUGCCCGGUGUCUUCUGCUGGUUUAUUCUGGAACAAUGGCGUUUCUACUUCCUCCUCAUUUCUAACUGCUGGUUGCAACAUCGGGUAGCUUUAAAGUGCCAAUAAUCAGAGUUCACUUGUGGCAUCACUCGCUUUUACUGGCCUGGCUCUCAGAAUCCUCACUUCCUUGACGUUCGUAAUGGACAGCUCAGCACCCAACCCCUAGCAACACUGCACACAUCCUGUUUGUAAAGCACUACACAGUCUGUGUUUGCAUUGCACAUUGGUUUGGAUUUUGCACAGCACUCCACUUUUUUUUUUUUUUUUUUUUUUUUUUGGUUUUUCCUUUUUCCUUUUUUGCAAAAAAAAAAAAAAAAAAAUUUUCUUUUUGUUUUUUUUUUUUUUUUUUUUUAUCCCCCCCUUUUUUUUUUUUUUUUUUUUUUUUGAGGUUUUGCACUGUACCUUUUGUGCAAAAAAACAAAAAAACAAGUCAUCUCUGCAUUAUUUUUCUAAUUCAUUUCAUACUUGGUCAUUUUUUUUCAGCAUUAUUCUCUUAGAUCUGUUUUAACAACACCAAGCAGCCAUGACAGAGGUCUCCCUUCAGUUUCAGUCAAUGACAGCUUGGCUCAAUUUUUAAAGCCAAACUGAACAGCUUAUUACGUGGCCCAAUCAUUUCUGUUUCUUUCAGAUGCAUAGAGGUCAUCCCUUGGGGCUGUUUCAUUUCUUCUUAAAGUGUGAUUCAAAUUUUUUAUUUUUUCAGAGCAAUGAUAAAAAAUAUUUUUAAAGUAUUUUUUAUUGUUGUUGAAGCAUUUUUUUUAACUUUCUUGUACUCAAAAAACCUGUGCCCCAUGCCUUUAAACAGACAGUUUAAUUGACUUGUAAACAUUGUUACAGUUCAAUGACUCCACUGCCAGAUCUUGUCGAGUGCCCACUUUUCUUAUUUGACUGCAUGUAAUCUAUUGACCUGUAUGUCAUCUUCUAAACUGUAUAUCAUCACCAGAUCUGUAUGUCAUCCCCUUUCCUGCAUGUAGUCAUCUGACCUAAGUCAUCUCAUGACCUGUACAUUGCCUCCUGACAUGUAUGUCAUAUCCUAACCUAUGUUUUCUCCUCUCUUGUACAUCAUCACCUGACCUGUAUGCCAUCAUCUGACCUGUAUGUCAUCUCCCAAACUGUAUGUCAUCUCCCAACCUUAUGUCAUCUCCUUCCUACUAGGUCUUCACCUGACUUACAUCAUCUGACCUUUAUGUCAAUCCCAUGACUUAUGUGUCAUCUCCUCUUUUCUCUUCCAUCACCUGACCUGUGUGUCCCGGCAUAUGUCAUUGCCUGACCUGUAAGUCCUCUCCUGGCCUGUAAUUCAUUUCCUGAACCAUAUGUCAUCCUAUGACUUAUGUCUUCUCUUGACCUGUAUUUUUUCUCCUGACAUGUAUGUCCUCUCCUGACCUGUAUGUCUGCCCCAGACCUGUAUAUCAUCUCCUGAACUGUAUGUCCGCUCCUGACCUGUAUGUCCGCUCCUGACCUAUAUGUCAUCUCCUGACUUGUAUGUUAUGACACAGGGCGGAUGCUCCCCUCAUGGCACAGUUGUGGGAGGCGUGUCAAGAGCAUGAGUUAAAACAAGGGUAACUUUACACUACUAGCACACAUAUCGAAUUUUGUCUUAUGUGACUGUGUGCAAUGCUAUACAAUGUAUGCUCAUCUUAUUGUACACAUAUGGUGCUUCAUAGUGCUAAUAAUAUUUUGUUGUUUGUGGGUGCUUGAAGCAAGGCUGCAGAGUCUUAACAUUCUAGCGUUUUUUUUUUCAACAUGUCAGCAUGAGUCUGUUUGUUUUUACAGCUUCUAUAAAUUAUCAUGAGAGGGUUAAUUUUCAUUAAAGACCAAAUUUCAUGGUCAAAUAUAUUUUUUUUAUAAAUCACCAAAAACAUUCAUUAACAUACUAGUCGAGAUAAAUCUCGCUGAACCAAUCUCGAUGACCUUGACUCUGCAGCCACGAUGUGCAGUGUGUUUCAUCUUACAUCCUGUCAGCUCUUCUUUCAAGAAUUUUGUCAGUGAAACCACUAUUUAGUGGACUAUUUGGUGGGGGAUGACGGUGCUUUUCAAAAAUUGCUACACUGACAUAGUAAUCAUAUAGAAGAAAUAGACAGUUCAAUUAAAAACUGUAAGAAAAUGUGAUAGCCUUGGAUCAGUUCAGUUAGGUGAAAAAAAUAAUGUUGAAUUAGGGUCCACUAAAUAAAGGUUAUUUAGUUGUUUUUUUGUAGUUUUGAUAUUUUUUAAAUAUUUCUAUUAGUAGAUGGUGUUUAUUACCUUAUGAAAAAACUCCUUUGACUUUGAUUAUAAUUUAAUCUCCCUUCUUAGACUUGCACAGUUUUGCCUUGCUUUGCACUGGUUUUUAAACAGUUUUGUUCUAAAGCAAUUCAUUGCACUGGGGAAGACAAUUUUGUUUAGAGAAAUUAUAUUUUAAAAAGUUAUUCCAAUUUAAUAGAAUUUUUUUUUUUUUACAUUUUAUUAUUUUUGAUAUGUUAAUAAAUAAUGCAUCAGAUAACUUGGUUGUUUCUGAUUAGUUUAAUGAAGUGCUUUAAAGGAUUUUUGUUGCAAGUCUGCAAAACAAGUUUCCAGUUCAGUAUGUCAACUUUUGAUGAAUUCCCUUAUCAUAAAAAUCUCUUUCAGCUCUUGAUCUUCACAACUUGCUUGAAGCUAAUUCCAAUUUUUUAAAAUUUUACUUUGAACUUGUUCUCUGCUAGUAAAAAUUUGACAUGAGUUUAAUGUCUCAUAAGAACAGUUUAUUUUUUUGUAACAAAAAAGGUGCCAGUACUUUAGGGGGGUCAUCCAUUACAAAGACAGGCGUGGUGGGUGUGGGGUGGGCACGAUAUCAUGAUGAACUAUUAUGAGGGUGUCUAAAUUAUGGGAAAAAUGUGUAAUCAUGGGGUAGGAGGGGGGGAGGGGUCCAAAGCUGGCUAAAAUACUAUGAUAUCAUUUAUGAAUGGCCCCUUUAUUUAAAAAAAAGAAAUAUGUUUUGGAACAUGCCUCGUUAAAAUGUGUAGUUUGGCUUCGCUUCUCAAGAUCACAUUUAGAGAUAUCAACAGGUGUCCUUAUUUUCUUGUUCCCUGUCUUUGACUAAAAUAUUCUGGCCUUUUUAUUAGCAUGACAGGUGGUUGAGAAGUAAUUGGUAAUUUUUUUUUUCCAUUUUACCAACUGAUUUUUAUAAGAUAAGGAAAUUAUUUGCUGUCCGCACGGAGCGUUAGUACCGCCUGCGGCGAGUCGAGCCUUUCGCCACCUCCCAUUUGAUGAAGCAUCCUGUAAAGGCCAUUUUAAUCAUUUUUCUUUACUUGUCACGCUGGACAAUUAAGAUUUUGAUACAAAUGCACGUGGACCAAACAUCAAAUUAUCAAAAGUUGCUUGUAAAAAUCCGUCUUUAAAAAAGAUGUCGGUACUGCUUUGUGGUGGGUUCUACGACAAAAAAGGUCCUGCAUAAGACUUGUCAUUGCAUGACGAAUGCCAAAUGUACAUUCAUAAUUUUUUUUAUGUUCCAACAUACAGUGUCUUCCUCUGACAAUGUUGCAUAAGCUGUACCCCAGGCUUUGCGGCGGGUUUGAGAUCUACUUUUGUUCAGCUGACAUUAACAAUGCUUUUUCAUUGUUUUUUUUUUUUUUUUAAAUCCAACUGAUAUUUAUUUGAUGUUUUGCCUGUGGGUGGUGUGCAGGGCAGACGCUCCAGUGAUGGCCCCGCUCUGGGGGGUGAUUCAGGGUGGGCAAUAUAUUUUUGUUUUGUUUAUAUUAACAAUGCUUUUUUAUUGUUUUUUUUUUUUCUUUAAAUCCAACUGAUAUUUAUUUGAUGUUUUGCCUGUGGGUGGUGUGCAGGGCAGACGCUCCAGUGAUGGCCCAGCUCUGGGAGGUGAUUCAGGAUGAGCAAUACAAACUAGGGUAUACCUCCCCCCUUCCCCCAACCAAAUUCACACCUCUUGUAACACUCUUUAUUAUAUUUUUUAAAGAUGAUCUAUUGCUACCCAAGAGUAAACUAGUCAUUGAAAAUCAUUGCUAGUGUAUUCUGGCAACUGCUACACCUAAUGUAUCUUACCUAGCCACUAUAAAUGCAUCUUCUAUCUGCUUUGUUAUUUAAUAUGGAUGUACUUGAUGCACCCUAAAUUUAAUAAAGCAAUGGCUGGUGUCAUUAAUAUAUAAAAACAUGUUAUUUUUAUCCUUACGUUAAGAGGUUAAGAUUAUAAUAAGUUCUUUCUUUUUUUUUUUUUUUAUAAUUCUAUUUGGGGGGGGGGGGGGGGGGUGUGUUGGUGCUGUGAUCUGCUCUGCUAGUGUCUGAUAUUGUGGUGGAGAAGAUUGAAAAAAAAUUAUUGAAGGCUUCAAAUUAUUGCAAUAGUGGGGCCCCCAAAACAGUUCAUAUCUUAUUUUAGGCCAGCAGCCCUCAAACGUUUUGAACGUGGGCCUGUUUACUGUCCCUCAGACACUGAUUAUAGUUUAAAAACAUGACAAAUUCCUAUGCACACAACUUAUUUGUAGUGCAAGAAAAAAAAAAUCAGAAAAAAAUUACAAUAUUUAAAACGAAGAACAAUUUUAAUCCUACUUAAACUUAUUAGUAUUUUAAUGUGAAUUAUUGGUCGAUUUCGGCUAAUGAAGUUUGUUGAUUGAGGGUUCCACACUUGUGCUACUAGGGCACUCGUACGGCAGGCAGGUGGGCCGCCAAAGGACCCCUGAUUGGCCAGAUCUAGCUUGCCGGCCAUAUUUGGAGGACCCUUGUUGUGGGGCAGCAAAGACAGUUCUCUUUAGUUGAAAGCUUGUGCCAGUACUGUCUUUCUUCUGAUCUGGUCUAUUUUAAUGCCAGUGGGAUUCUGCAUUAGUGGCUAUGUAGCCUUACUUAAAAUAUACCAGCCCACAAGAAGUUUUUUUGGAUUUGAAAAAUCACCCCAGUAGCACUAUGUCAUUCUUCUUUCUCCCAUCUCUUUAAAUUCUUUAAUGUAACGGUUUGAAAACCUUUUAAAAAAUGUAUUAAUUUUUUUUACUUUAUACUGCUUUUUAACAUUUUUUUUUUUAUUACAUUUAUUUUAUGUUGUCUCUCAUAUUUUAUCUCUCUUUAGUCUUGCUUUGCGCUUGUAGCAUUCUGCAUUUCCUAUCACGCUUCACCACUUUACUGCACGUCCACAUCUUUGUGCAAAUAGAAGCUUAAAAUACAAAUAAAAGCAGGCAUUGAUGUCUCUGUAGAUACACCUAGGAAAUUUGUUACAGUUGAAAUAUUAUUUGAAGUGUAUUUUAAGUAUCUUUUAAAACUCAAAUAAAUUUUUUCCAUAAAAGAGACAAAGACAUAAAUAUUUAUAUCAAACAUUAUUCUAGCCUUGAAAUCUGCUUAUUUAGAUGUUCAUGUUAAAUAAAAUGGUCUUUGCACUUAACGUUUUAAAUGUAUUUUUUUGUGCCUAGGGCCAAGUCAAAUGUUAAAAGUUAUGCCUUAAAAACAGUGAAGCAAAUCUAAAGUUAUUUCCAAGUUAUUGCAUAAUUUUUGUUUUAAAAAAAAAAAAUUAAAAAAAAAUUAAAUAUUAUUUUUAAAGACUCCUGGAAAGUUAUUUGUUGUGUAAAUUAAAUUAAUUUAUUACUAAUAUGUUUGUGUUACUUUAAUGUUGCUUUGGGAAAGCCUCUUAUGCACUUCUCUAACGUGUUUAAAGUAUUUUUUUAAUCAUAAUUAUUGUAUCUUUAAACUGUUCGAGUAAAUAUUAAGUGUAUCCUAAAUUGUAUAUAGUAUAGCUAUCCAAAUAAAUACUGGUUCUUUCCUAAUUAGAGCAUAUUAUUACUAUUCAAAUAAGCACUGGUUCUAUCGUAAUCAGUGAAAGAGUAUAACUAUUGAAAUAAGUAUAAGUUCAAUCAUAAUUAGCUUAUAGUACGACUAGUCAAGUAAUGUGCUUUUAGACUUGUUUAAUUUUGCUGUCCUACUUCUUCAGAUGACUGAUUAGAAUAAAUGCAAUUUGGUGACACAGUUGAUAAUUUUUAUGCUUGCUGCUUAUCAACAGAUAUGACAAAGACGGACACUGUCGUGGGACACCAGAGUGUCAACCACCCAAUCCAAUCCGACUCGAAUGGGAAAUCCCUAAACCAGUAAGUAUAAGUGCUACCAUGUUUCAGCUCUACAACACAGUAAUCAAAAAGAAGUGCAGUCUUGGUCUUUAAAACUCAUAUGUCCUGUAGGACCACAGUCUUGGCACUGGUGAAAUUCCCCACCCCCAAAACUCAUGAUAGUUGACCUUAUGUCUUCCUCCUCCUCUUCCCCCAUUUGCGAUUGUUGACAAUACACUCAAAAUUUCUCUCCCCCAGUGUCAACAAGUCAUACAGUCCAGCCUGCAGGUGGCCACAGCCCUGGUCAAUGAUGUUGACCUGCACAUCAUGAUGUUUAGAGAAUUCGGAAAAGGUUUCGUCAAGACCUGCAAAGUCAGCCCAGAUGCAUUCAUCCAGACAGCCUUACAGCUCACCUACUACAGGGUAAAUUAAGUUGUGUAAUUGUUUGAAUAUCACAUAAAUAGCUUAUUGCUUGCAAGAAAUUGAUAGAUGUGAAAGCCUAAACAUUUGACUUUUUUUGCACCUGGGAGGGGGGAGGGGGGAGGGGAAGUAUUAUUUAUACCAACAGAAAGUAGAACACCCAUGUCAUUAAAGUUAUACUGAUGUUCAAACCUAUUUACAUAUUUACAUAAACAAAAAGACAAGACUUGAUGCAUCUAAAAUUUUGUUCCAGAUUCCAUUGAAGUAUACAUCUAAAAAAUCAUAUAUGUUAAAUUAUUUCUUGCGCAGUUGCAUGAACAGUGUUUCAGCAAGAUUUUGAGAUCAUUAAUAUAUAUUAUACAACAUAUAAAUAUUUAUAUAUAAUCAGUUCUGAUUUUUAGUUAAAAAAUUAUACAUCUUUUUGUCAACCCGUAAAUGUGUCAUCUUUCUUAAAAAUGCUUCCCUCUUCCCUAAUGGCUACAUUGUUGGCUACGUGGUAAUGCCAUAGCGCAGAGACCAUAGUUGACCUCUUUGUAUUCUUUUAUCUAGAUGAUGUGUAUGAUCUGCACACAAUCUCUUUCCUUGAUAUGUAAUUGUCUUGAGAACUGAGCCAAUGAAUUAUAAAAAAACUUGUUUUAUCCAAUAAUAUAAUUAAGACUUUUAAGCCCAUUCAGAUGAGUUAAUGUUGUGGGGCUUAGUUGAAUCAAAUGCUUCUCUCUCACCAGCUUGAGAACCAGUUCUGCCUGACUUAUGAGUCAUCCAUGACGAGGCUAUUCCGCGAGGGCCGCACGGAGACUGUGAGGUCGUGCACAGCUGAUACCUGCAACUUUGUCAAAGCCGUGGUGGAGGGGAAGCCUGUGAGUGAGCUUAACUUGUGGGGGGGGGAAGGCUGGGGGUGAGCUUAACUUGUGGGGGGGGGGGGGGCUCAUCUGUUAAACCAGUGGUUCUCAACCUUCCAAGUGCCGUGACCCUCUAAUACAGUUUCUUGUGUCGUGGUGACCCCCAACCACACAAUUAUUUUCGUUGCUACUUCAUAGCUGUAAGGAUAUGUGUUUUCAGGUGGUCUUAGGCGACCCCCAGGAAAGGGUCUCGCGACCACCAAAGGGGUUGAGAACCGCUGUGUUAGACAGUAUCACCUUGGUUUUUGUCUGUGUGUCAUUACAUUUCCUGGGCGGCACAAUCAGUUAGCCACAGGUUGUGUGUGUUGUUGUUCUGGGGUUUAAGUCCCAGCAGCACUAAUAUGUAUUUCCCCCCCCUCCCCCCACCAAAAAAAAAAAGCCUUUUUAGGGUCCCACUAUGGAUGCUGACCUUUUUAGAGAAAUGGGCUCACUUUAGAUGCUAACCAAUUUAAAAAAGACGUCAUUAAGUGAGAUGUACUGAUACACUUUGGCACUAUUAACAAACAUGUAUAUAUAUAAUUAUAUAUAUAUUAGUAUUUAAAAAUUAAAAACAGUUAUGAUGUUGAGAAAAUAAUUUUGCCAGGACAAGGCAGUUCUCAUUGGAAGUUCUCUUUUAAAGUCAUUCAUCAAUCGAAGGCUUCUAAUGAUAUAAAUGUGUUGCUUUCCCCCCCCCCCCCCGGACAGAAAUCUGAGUGCAUCAAGCUGCUGACCGAAGCGGCCGAAACCCACCAGAGAUUAUACAGAGACACCAUGACCGGUAAAGGUGUGGACAGGCACCUGUUCUGUCUGUACGUCGUGUCCAAGUACCUGAACAAAGACUCGCCAUUCCUGUCCAAGGCUCUGAGUGAACCUUGGAAACUGUCCACAAGUCAGGUGAGAUUGUGCCCCAGGUAAAGUAGUGUCCCUGGUAAACCACUCAAGCGACCCAUUUUUUACCAGACUUCUUCUUCCUAGUGGGAUUAUUGUUAAGAAAUAGAUAUAAAGACAUUACAUAAUUGAUCUACAAUAAAAAAAAUUUAAAAAUUUUGCUGAGGUUCUUCUCCUUUAAUUUUGGUGUUGGAUAAAAUACAAAAAUGGCAAAAGUCAAUGAUGACAAACUUCAAAAUGAAUAGUUUACUAGCCUCAAUUUUUUGUCUAUAUAAAAUUAUGAUGAUAAUUUAAAAUUUAUUACAAAUCUUAUGAGCUGUUAUUAUUUAGUUAUCAGUCAAGGAAAGUGAAUUGUUAUAAAAAUGUCCCACUUAAUAUAAAAUGAUAGUAUUGUACCUCCAAUUCAUUAUCAUUCAUUUAUUUAAUAAUGUGCACAUGGUUCCAUUACCAAUAACUUCCUUCCACUGGCAGCAGAAUUUUUUUUUAUUAAUCCUCACUCUGUCUGAUUCCUUGUAUUUACAAAAGUGAUAUAUGGGCAAACAAGAAGUUAAGGGGACACCCAGAUAUUACCUAUGCACACUGGGAAGCGGGCCCUUGUGGGGGGUGUCGGGAAAUAAUUUUUAAAUACAUAUAUUCUUCAAUAAUUAUCCUGAAAUUUAGGCAUAAAUCAUAAAUAGCCUAUGUUAUAUCUCGAAAAAAGCCAAAUGUCAACCAGAAAUCUGUAUAAUCCACAACUUCAAAAUACAGUUUCAAUAUAGACAGUCGUUUGAACAUUUUCAGCCUUAAUAAUAUAUAUAUUGGGUAUUCGGUGUUAUAAAUUUACCCUGCCCUAAGUAUUCAAUAUAACUGGUGCCAUCUGUUACUAAACUUUUAAUGUUUGCUAAUGUUGGUGUUUGAAUUUCUCUUCUUGUAGACUCCCCAUCAACAGACUGAUCGCCUUGAUCUGAACAAACACCCCGACCGUAUUUGUGGAGGUGGUGGCUUUGGACCAGUGAGUAUUUCAAAUCAAUGAAAUAAAACUGCUCCCAUCAUUUCAUAGAGUUUUGUUGUUUUUUUAACAUAAUAUUUGAUGCAUUUCUUCAGAUCCAGGUUAACAUUUCUUCAUCUCUGACUGUUUUUUGUUUUAGGGUAAAUCAAGUUUUGACAAUGUCCUUCCAUGUUUGAGCAUGAAAUUUAAACAUUUUAAAUCUCUGUUGAAAAAUAAAUAAUUCUUUCUUUCUUUUCGAAAUCUUAUAAUAUUUGAAUUGAAAUAAAAUACAGACCUUGUUACUCUUACGAUUUUGGGGGUGGUUUUGCGUACAGCUGUGCGUGGGUGGGAUGCAUGUUAAAUGUUGUGGCCCGCCGAAAGUAUCGUAAAUGAAAUUAUUUCUCCAUUCAUUUUUUUUUUUUUUGUUAGGGUAUGCGCCAUUUUGGUGUACACUCCUUCUGGCUCAUUUAAAAAAAAUAGAUUGAAAUGAGAAAUAAAUUAUAAAACAGUCUUAACAUUUAGCAACUACUCAAAUUAAAAAAAUUAUUUUUUCUUUUUUUUUUUUUUUUUUGUUAGGGUAUGCGCCAUUUUGGUGUACACUCCUUCUGGCUCAUUUAAAAAAAAUAGAUUGAAAUGAGAAAUAAAUUAUAAAACAGUCUUACCAUUUAGCAACUACUCAAAUUAAAGGAUUUAUAUAAAAGAUGCUUGGUAGAAGGAACCUAAUUUUCAACAAGCAUUUCAAUUGAAUCUGCAAUGAUACAAUACUAUAUUCACAUGCACAGAAAAGAGCUUCCCUGCAUUUUGAAUUUAUUUGUUACACAUUCUGGGAAGAGGUCUCGGAAGUGACAUUGAUUAAAGUUGCGAUUUUGAGAUUGUAAAGUACCAUUCUGAGACUAAAUUGUACUAUUUUGGGAGUUCUGGCCUAAUCAGGUCUCAAAAAAUUGCUUAGAAUUGCAGUUAGAGCUGGGAGAACAAUGUUAUAAAAGUGACAACUGAAUAGCAAAUUACUCCAUGUAUAUACAUGUUGUUUUUUUAAAAUUAAACCAGUGCCCUACUUGACAUACUGAGGAAAUCAUCAUUAGUGGACAUAGUUUCUCUCUAUGACAGUUAAUUUUGUUACCUCAACAUGUUUCCUCUCUGAUCUGUUUUUUUUUUUUUUUUUUUUGUUUUCAAUGCCAUACAUUUUCUGCAUGAAAAUGUUUCCUAUAUUACAUAGGAUUACUCUAUGACAUAUUUAUUUUCCCUCCAUGACAGGUGACAGACGAUGGCUACGGUGUGUCAUACAUGGUGGCAGGGGAGGACACCCUAUUUUUCCAUAUAUCUUGUAAAGUUUCUUGUCCACACACAGUAAGUUGGUCAUCCUAGGGGAAUCAUGUCAUCCUAGUGUAAUCAUGUCAUCCUAGUGUAAUCAUGUCAUCCUAGUGUAAUCAUGUCAUCCUAGUGUAAUCAUGUCAUCCUAGUGUAAUCAUGUCAUCCUAGUGUAAUCAUGCAACAUGAUAGUUUUGAUUGUUGUUUUCAACACUGAGUCAGAUCCAUUAGGUUACACAAUAGAUAAGAAUAUCUGAAUUUAUAAACUUCUUUUCCUUUUUUUUUUUUUAACUCUUACCUUGAAUAUUUUUUUCUUUUUUUUUUUUUUUUUUUUCUUUUUUUUUUUUAAAUUUUAUUUUUUUAUUUUUUUUUUUUAAGGAUUUUUGUUUGAAGUAUCCAAGACAGAGAAAUGCCAAUACACUUGUUUUGCGUGGGCUCUUUUCAACACGCGUGUAUUUCAGUACAUUUUCUUAUGUUUAGAUCAACCAUGUAUGCAAUAGGGAAAACUGAUGCUUGAGAGCUUCAUUUUUUUUUAUAUAUAUAUAUUUUUAUUACAAAUGAAAUUUGUGCUGUUAACAAAAGAUUGGGUUAAGAAGUUCAGCACCAACCUGCUCCUCCGGUGCCAAACCAAUUCCUCGGAUACUAAACUUAUUUAAACUUCUUCUACAGGAUGCACACAAGUUCGGGGCCACCCUGAAGAAAUCUCUCUGUGAUAUGAGGGAGAUUUUCACAAGGGAUUGAGGAUGGCUGGAGUUAAGCUCAAACCACCAAUCGCAUGCCACUAUAUACUUCCAUGCACAUCCGCCAUCAUGCUCUCUCAGUUGCUCUGUUCAUCGGGGUCAUAUUUAUUGCCACAAUCUCCUACCAGUGAACCUAAUUAAUUGGUGUCUCUUAUAAGUAAGCCAGCAAAUCAUUGUUACAAUAAUGCACAUUGUAUCACGUUUUGUUAAUUCACUUGUGUUUCAUAUUUUCAUAGUUUACACCAACACCUUUGUACAUGUCACCCCUGUCAGUCCUGAGUCUUCUUAUCUACGACUUUGUAUUUACAUUCUGUAUAAUCUUGUUCAUCCCAUCAUGUUGCCUCAUACUUUUUUGUACCGCCAUUAAAAACCAUGGUAACCCAUCGACGAAAUACAACUCUGCCUUACAUGUUUCAAGUUUGUUGUUAUAUAUAUGAUAUAUAGGAACUUAAGUGUACAGACCUGUGAACAGAAAUAGGGGCAUAAAUGAAACUGUAUUUCAUGAAGAGUUUGUGGGGGUGGGGAGGGUCGGAGGGUCACCCACCCACUCCUCCCUUACUGCUAUCACUGCCUGUGACCACAUCAUGUGACCACAUCAUGUGACCAUAUCAUCAUCCUCAUUUCUGAUGCAUCCAUAUUUUGUAUGAUAUAUCUAAGUGUUUUUUUGUUGUUUUUUUUAGCAUUGUGUUAAAUUUUCAUCAUUUCACUCUUGUUUAAAACAUUGCCACUGUUGAUCUGUUAUUUAAUUACUGUGUGUUAACUAAUUUAAAAAAACGGUCAUGAGCCAAUUGUUAUAACUCUUAAUUUAAACUACACAGUGUUGUAAAAAAAAAAAUAAUUUAAAAAACGGAGUGUCUUUCUGCCAUUUAUCAUUUAUAAAAUCAAUGCACAAGCAUCCAUAUCAUAAUGCAUCAUUUUUCAUUCAAGCUGUGAUCCCUUUCAUCAUGAUUGUUAACAUUUCUUUAGUUAGUUAACAGACAAGGGGGUACUUUAAAGUUGUUUCUUGACGUAACAUAAAAAUGAUUAAAUAAGCACCAUCCCAUUCUUACUCCGAUGACGCCUUCUGUAAUAAUGCAUGUUUCUUCAAAUUAGUACCAUCACAUUUGAACAAAAUUGUUGAACUUGGACGCACAUAUAAAUAAUUCUGUUGAUAAAGCUGUCCAUCCUAACAAUGCAAUUAAUUAAAUUUAUUUAAAGGGGGGGGGAGAGGGGGAUAUUUUUUUUCUUUCUUAGUAAGACCGGUGCCAUAAUAUUUUCUCUGCUCCCAGUGUAAAUUACGGGUCCAUAUCACAAGAAUGACAAAUUCAUCUGACCUUAACUUAUAAUUUCACUCCAUUAAAAGUUCAAAGAACCACAAGCCAAUUUGAUGAAUGUGAUGUUCAUGUUGAAUGUGAUGUUCAUGUUGUAUGUGAUCUUCAUGUUGUAUGUGAUGAAUGUUUCAGAUUUUUUUUUUCUACAGAAAAAUAUUUAUCUUUGCUGCUCAGUAAACCUUUAUGAGAAUAAAAAAAAAAACAAGCAUUACUGUGCCAUUAAAAUAUUUGUAUAUGUUUUUAUAUAUAUAUAUUUAUGUCUGGUUCUCUUGUAACAAGGCAAUACUAACAUACGUGUAUGUAUCAAUCAAUGCAAGGGUGAUGGACACUUAAUAUAUUUUUUUAUAACCACGAUUAUCCUAUGAUCAACUCAAGGAAGUGUAUGAAUUGUGUUUAAAACACUAGAAUCAUUUAACCCUUGUCGUGCUGCGUAGGUACAAUUGUAACUUUAGCAUUUUUUUAAUUGAGGUAAUUUUUUUAUCUUUAAGCUGUAGAAACCUGAAAUUUCUUGACAUCUCUACAUUUUUUUCAUCACAUGUGCUCGAGAUAUGGGGUCAAGUUUUAUUUACACCGAAAACAAUAAUGAGCAGAAUGGCUACAAUUGCACCUUCAUUCAUAUAUUUUUUAUGAAAUUUCUCAGAGUAGGUAUACUUUCUGUACAGUUUUCAGUACUGUAUCUUUCUGUACAGUUUUCAGUACUGUAUCUACUGCUUGUACCGAGUGUUGAUUUUCCCAAUUGCUGACAUCUGUAGGGUAGUUAUUGAAAAUGGCCCUUGUUUUAUCAAUUUUGUUAUCAUUCGCAAUUUGCAUGGCAUGGAACAUAUAGGCAUACAUACAACAGAAGAUUAUUUCGAUUACCUUCACACAAUAAAACACAGACACUUGCUGUAGGAGUGAAUGCUACAUGUAGUGACCAGACUGGAAUUGUUUGAUCUUCAAACUUUAGAAUUAAUUCUAUUUAUAUUGCAGCAUGCACACCUACAGAAGUCCUUAAUGAUAUUAAUAAUAAUAAUAAUACAGUGGUCUUAUAUAGUCCAGUACCCCUGAAUGCACACCCACAGAAGUCCUUAAUUAUAAUAAUACAGCGGUCUUGUAUAGUCCAGUACCCCCCAGCUCACUGCACGUCACAUAAAAAUCUGCGAAAAUAAACAUGACAUUGAACAUUACCUUUUCUCGUUUACAUCAAUCAGCUGGUGAGGGAGGACCCAGAAAAUCAUAUUUAUUUGAAUAGAAUUUGGUUUUUUAAUCGUGGGGGCGCAUGAAACAAUUUAAAAUCAACAUGGGGGUGCUGGAAAUUUUUUUAAAUCAAGAUGGGGGGGGUGCUGGAAAUUUUAAAAAAUCAAGAUGUGGGGUGCAGGAAAUUUGUUUAAUCAAAAUUGGGGUUGCAGGAAAUUUGUUUAAAUCGAGAUGGUGAUGUGGGAAAAGUUAAUCCAUCUAGAGGGGAUGUGGUGCUCCAAAAAGGUUAUUGUAUAUAUAUUCAGAAUUAUUUCAUGUAGUUAGGCCUACCUGUGAAAUAAUAAUGCUAGAUUCUUUUGUUCUAUUUAUUUUAGUAUGGAUUCUUUCAGUUUCUUAUUAACGUUACAAAGUCAUAUUUUUCGGUUUUUAGAACUGUAUUGGUAUAUUCGCUUAACGCAACCGCCAAUUAUUAUUUACAUUUACUAAAGCCUAGGGCUUGAGCAUGCAGGAACCCAUGGUUGGUGUUAUACAUAUUAAUUUCAGGAGGGGGGGAGAUCUUGGAUAAGUUCCCCACCCCCUUUUUCCAGCACUUGACUGUUGAAUAGCAUAUGCUUCACCAGGUGUCAACAAGAAGUUGUUUUUUUGUUUUAUUUCCCUGGUUUUGCAUCACUUCUCUACAAACAUAAUAUAAUGCAAUUCCACGUGUAUUGCGCUGGAUGAAAGUAAUAAUAAAGCUGUGGCCAUUUGGAUAAACCAAAAUUUCGGAAAAUCAGGAUUCUGAAAACGCACACUCUGCUGUACUGCUUUUUUACAAAAUAUAACCUAAAUAAUGUGUAGGUACUGAUUACAUACAGUGAGAAUUUUCAUACAAAAUAUAUGAAGGUACAAUUGUGCAUACUUAUGCUACCUGUUAGGGUUGUAAAAUUAUGCUACAUGGCGAGGGUCAAGUUUUCUCAUAAUACAAUCCCGGCAGCUGAUGUUUAGUUUUCUGAAUUUUUUAAAAAAUCCAAUAUUUUCAAACAGAGCGUAGGGUCCACAAAAUGCUGUUUUUUUUUAAAUUUUUAUCUACCUAAGUUUUUUUUUAUUUUCACUGAUUAGAAAAUAAUUACCUUUUGAGCCUUAUUUUUAAAUUUACCCUUUAUUCCUGAUACAACCAAUCUAUUUUUUUUUUUCUAUUAAGUAUGGAAACCAUAUCUAUAACAAUGGUUAGUAGUACAGGGUUCACCAAAAAAAUCAAACUAAAAAUCUUUUAAAAUGAAUCAAUUUUUUUUUUAAAUCUGGGCACAAGAGUGCUGCCCCCUUUUCUUUCCUGGGGUGUCCCAUAUGUUGUACAGUUUAGCCAGGUUACUGUGUACCAAUUUCUACUUACUACACCUAUCUAAUGUAUUCAUGCAUAAUUUUUUUUUUUUUUUUGGUGGUUAGUUUAUCCUCUCAAAGUAUCUAUUUUAUGGAUGAGAUGGAUAAAUAUUUAUUUUUAUUUUAUAAUUUACCUUUUUUCUUAAUGUUAACAGUUGACCUGUGCAUCAAAUAUUUAGCCCCUGCCUUAUUUUUAUUCUUUUUUGAGGCUCCUAGUUUUUCCAUUAUGUCAUCCAGAUGAAUGCAUGUUGAUUUGAACAAACUAGACAAGCGGAGAAACUGUCAAAAGCAAUGGAUCCUCAAUCCAGUUAUCCGGUUGUGUGGAUUAUGGUUUUAAAGAACAAUUGAAAAUUAAGGGUAAGGUUUGGGGUUUUCUAGCAUUUUGUCGGCUUCCAUCCCCAAAAGUUUGAGAAGCUCUGUUGGCUAUAAAUCGGUUCUGGCUGUGGACACUUAGGACAAGAGAUAUUGGCUUGUUGACAAAGUAAAACCCCGGUUAUAUUGGAAUAAAAAUUUUUUUACAUUUAAUCUUUUGAAAGGUUCUAAUUUUUAAAAUUAAAUUUGGUGUGCUUUCAAAUGUUUAUUUUAUUUUUUUUUAAAUGUCAUUAAAACAAAACACAAAAAAAGCAUCUUUGAAGCAUUCGUUUGAUUUUAAUCUUUUGUAUCAAUUAAUUUUAAUGUACAGUCUUGGCUUGAAGCAAACAUGUUUUCUUUUGCAACCUUCUCCUUAACUGACCAACAUAGGGAACAAGGUUAACGGAAAUUUGUUUGAAAGAAAUUUCGUUGACGGAAAUUUGAUCGAUCGGAAAUUUGGUGGAUUCUCUUUUUCAGUUCACACGUUAAAAUUUUCGUACAAUUUCUUUUUGAACGCACCAUACUGUACAGUAAAACAAAAGAAAGUUGACGCAAAAUUUUAACAUGAACUUAAAAAGUUUUGACCAAAUUUCCGUUUGAUCAAAUUUCAGUCUAUCAAUUUUCCAUCGACAAAAUUUCUUUCAAACAAUUUUCCGGAAAAGAGGCAACAAGGGGGAGUCUUAUUUCUUGACUGUUUUGGUACGGAAGAUUUGACCACCCAGCAUUUUGUGAAACCACAUGUUGCCAUGACCACUUUUUUUUUGUACACAAAAAGUUUAUAGGUAGAAAUAAUUAACUAGAUUAUUCCAAUCUAUUGAAAACAAUUUUAACAAUAAACAAUAUGUUGAACAAC